UCUCGUGAGAUAAGUCUGAAGAAUGUGAGUUAUAGGAAUAUGAAUCUUGAAGAUACAAGUCUUGGGAAUAUAAAUUAUAAGAAUAUAAAUCUUGAGAAUACAAAUCAUAGGAAUAGAAGUUUUGGAGAU